UAUUAGUUCUUGGAGUGCCUGGACAGUAUAAAAACUCUCACUGGGUAACAGCGAGACACUCGUUCUCUCUUCAGGCUUUCAGUUCUGUUGCAGCCAUGUUGGUUUUCUCUUGGUCUCUUGUGACCCUGCUGCUGGUGUCCUCUUCCUGGGCUGAGGAAGCGGUUGCUACCAUUGAGGAGGACACAUCCAGGGAGCUUUCUGUUGGUGAACUGCUGGAGAGAGCAAACAGAGACCGCACCCCUGACGUUGAUGAGCCCAUCCUGAUUGAAGGAGACAUCGCUAUCAAGUCUGAGGCCGACAGAAACGCUGACCCCUGCACCUCCAGAGACUGCCUGUGGCAAAAGUGGUCUGAUGGGAAGGUCUACAUCCCUUACUACAUCGCCAACCACUACUCCUCCCGUGAGGAGGCCAUCAUCAUUCGUGGACUGGAGUCUUUCUCUUCAGUUUCCUGCAUCCGUUUCAGACCCUACGAGAACGGAGAUCAUGAGUGGCUGAGCAUCGAGUCCAGGGAAGGCUGCUACUCCUACGUGGGUCGUCAGGGUGGUGGUCAGACUGUGUCUCUGAGCCGUCAGGGCUGUCUGUACCACAGCACCGUCCAGCAUGAGCUGCUCCACGCCCUCGGCUUCAACCACGAACAGACUCGCUCCGACAGGGACAGCUACAUCAAGGUGUACUGGGAAAACAUCAUCGAUGGCAUGGCGUACAACUUCAACAAGAUUGACACUCUGAACCAGGGAACACCGUAUGACUACAACUCAGUCAUGCAAUAUGAGAAGUACGCCUUCUCCAAGAACAACCGUCCCACUAUGCUGCCCAUUCCCGACAGCAAUGUAUCUUUCGGCCAGGCCACCCAGAUGAGCAAGAAUGACAUUGAUAGGCUGAACAGGCUGUACAAGUGCUAAACUGCACGUGACCUUUGACCGGCAAUACUGAUGACAUCAGAGCAUGCUGACGAAGGAGAUGAGGGUUUUGAGCGAAUGGCACUUUGGGUUGUCCUGUAACAAUAAACCUGCAAACUUCAGAAGCAUUAAA